CAGCUGGAGCGAUUACCGGUGUUCUGCUGCACUUCUGAAUGAAUGGACGUGCAACUGAGAAAUUAUUGAUGUAUCAUUCCCAUUCACAACCAAAAGACUGGACUGCAUUGUUGACGCUUUGGAGACGCAUUGGAAAACGUGACAUACAGAAAUGGCCUGGAAACGGAUAUUUUUCCACCUUUUUCUUUUUCUAAGCUUGUGUGCACUCGGACAAAACUCGCGUUUGAGUAAAGGUGAUGACAGUGCAGAGCAGCACCGAGACACAAUGACGCUUCUGCAGUCUCUCAAUUUGCCUCAGCAUACAGAAUAUGAGAUUGUUUCACCAUAUGAGGUUACCCAUGAAGGCAUGUACGUCUCUCAUGAAGUGUCCCACCACCUGAGGAGAAGGCAAGCCCGAUCUCUGACCCCAGAUACAAACUCAUCCCAGGCUGAUAACAGCAGCCAAAUGGUGCAUUUCCGGCUCAGCGGCUUGGGGCAGGACUUCCACAUGGAGCUUAGGGAGGCCUCGCACAACCUGAUUGCACCUGGCUUCACCGUGCAGGUCCUGGGAAUGAACGGCACUAAGAGCCUGAGGGCCUACCACCGGGACGACCUCUGCUUUUACCAGGGGUCAUUGAGGGCAAGGGUUAACUCCUCGGUGGCACUCUCCACAUGCAUGGGGAUGUCAGGUUUGAUCCGUACCCAGGAUGCAGACUACUUCCUGAGGCCUGUAUCUCACAGUCUGGCACGAUCAGAGAACUUCACAGCUCCCCCUGGUCACCAACCGCACAUUCUCUACAAGAGCUACAGAGAGCCCCACACCGACACAGGACCCAAGAACCGCAAUCUACAGAAGAGAUCUUUACACUCGACAGUCUAUGGAACCAAGAGUACACAUGACGAUCAGCCAAACAAAAGACACCAUAACCACCACCACAGGCACGGAGAGAGGCAGAGACAACACUUCUGUGGGAGACGGAAGAAAUUCAUGCCCAAACCUCCAGAGGAAGACAUGUUAGUGCUACCAGAUGAGUACAGAUACAUGCCCAGGACCAGGAGGGCGGUGCUUAUGAAGCAUCAGACCAAUCAGAAGCUGAAUGUGGAGACGCUGGUGGUGGUUGAUAGAAAAAUGAUGGACAACCAUGGCCAUAACAACAUCACCACAUAUGUUCUCACUGUUCUCAACAUGGUUUCCAGUCUAUUUAAAGAUGGGACCAUUGGAGGAAACAUCAACAUAGUUAUUGUGGGUCUUGUGCUUCUGGAUGAAGAACAGAAUGGCUUAGUGAUCAACCACCAUGCAGACCACACACUCAACAGCUUCUGUCACUGGCAGUCAACGCUGGGAGGCCCAGGUGGCCGAAGACACGAUCACGCCAUCCUCCUCACUGGACUGGACAUCUGCUCCUGGAAGAACGAACCAUGUGACACUCUGGGUUUUGCUCCAAUAAGUGGCAUGUGCAGCAAAUAUCGGAGCUGCACUAUCAAUGAAGACACUGGUUUGGGUUUAGCAUUCACCAUUGCACAUGAGUCUGGACACAAUUUUGGCAUGGUCCAUGACGGAGAAGGAAAUGUGUGUAAGAAGUCUGAAGGGAACAUCAUGUCUCCUACAUUAGCUGGUCACAAUGGGAUAUUCUCCUGGUCUGCCUGUAGUCGCCAGUACCUCAGCCGAUUCCUCAAUACUGCCCAGGCGCUGUGCCUAUCUGAUGAGCCCAAAGCAGUGGAUGAGUAUCAAUAUCCAGAGAAGCUGCCUGGAGAGCUCUACGAUGCUGAUACACAGUGCAAAUGGCAGUUUGGUGAGAAGGCUAAGCUCUGCACUCUGGAUUUUAAAAAGGACAUCUGCAAGGCCUUGUGGUGCCACCGCAUUGGGAGGAAGUGCGAGACCAAGUUUAUGCCAGCGGCUGAGGGUUCUGCUUGUGGUCCAGAUAUGUGGUGUCGAAGGGGCCAGUGUGUGAAGCAAGGCGAUGAAGGCCCACAUCCGCUGCAUGGACAGUGGUCUGAGUGGUCAUCCUGGUCUUCAUGCUCCAGGAGCUGUGAGAGCGGGGUGUCCCAUAGAGAGAGGCAGUGCAACAACCCGAGGCCAGCGUAUGGAGGGAAAUUCUGUGAAGGUUCUUCAAGGUCGUACAAACUGUGCAACACUGAAGAUUGUCCUCCCGAUAGUAUCAGCUACAGAGCGCAGCAGUGUGCAGAGUUUAACAGCAAACAGUUCCGAGGAUGGUACUACACAUGGAGGCCUUACACUAAAGUAGAUGAUCAAGAUGUAUGUAAGCUGUACUGCUUUGCUGAGGGAUAUGAUUUCUUCUUUGCUCUGGCCAGCAAAGUUAAGGACGGUACACUGUGCUCACAAGACAGCUCAAAUGUGUGCAUAGAUGGACUUUGUGAGGGCUAUGGGAUCUCAGACAGCAUGUAUAUGUCCCUUUAA